UAAUAAACUUCAAGGACUUAUGAUAUAUCUGUCAAGUUUUUUAAUAAAAUUUCUCAGUAACUUGUAACAUCGAAAUUCUUCGGCCUACAUUUUUUAUCAAAAUAUGGCGUAUGAAUACAUAAGUGAGCAACGACAACAGUAUACUAAGAAGAACAUCGAUACAAACGCCUUGCGUAAUCCUCCAAUAAAAUGUAACGCAUUAAAAUUUAUAAAGCCAUUCGAAAACUCUCACCUCCGACUUGCACCAAAGCCUCUGCAAGAAUCCAAAAGCAUCAAUAAAAAUGAUUACCGUGGCGAAUUGCAAGUUCAAGCUGAGAAAACUUCAUUAAUUCGAUACCCCGGAGCUGUUGAGAACUCUGAAGUAUUGACAAUAGAUCGUUCAAAACCAGGUUACUCCAAGUACUUAGAUUUAUCGGCAACAUCCAAUCGACUUGAUUACUACCCUAUCUCAUUUGAUCAACAACGAGGAAUAGCAGCAAAAGAUAACAUAACUUAUUGGACUUGGAUAAAAAACGACACGAAUAAAGUACACAAUGUUUGGCCAAUAAAACAAAAUUUAUCAGACAAUUUCAGGACAAACAAAAAAUCAAAAGGUAAUCGUGGUGAAUUCCAAAUUAUACAAAAUUCUGUACCAAACAAUGGACUUACAACUGAAACCAAAUCGAAUUUUAAAAACCCUGACAAAACAUUAGAAUUUAAUAUUAAUUGUAUUUCUGAUCAACUAGAUAGCCAGUAAUAUGAAAAUUAAUAAAUUAACUAAAUUUGCAGAAGAAAAAAAUUAAUGUUUAUG